AAAGAAUAUUGGGUUCAUAACAAAAUCUAUUUGCUUGUUCAGCAGAUCCUGUAUGGACCUGACUAAAACUAGAAACACAAAUAUGGAGCCAGGAGUCUCCAACCAGUCUUUAUUUUUCUCCUACACUGAGUUUACUCUCUUGGGUUUCCCUGGAAUAUCUCAAUGGAGACCCCUCCUGGCAAUCCCAUUCUUUUCUGUGUACUUAGUUAUCCUGAGUGGAAAUUCUCUCAUCAUCUGCUUAAUCUGCAUUAAGAAGACACUCCAUUCCCCCAUGUACUUGAUUAUCUCGGUGCUCUUUGCCAUUAACAUCAACGUGUCUACUGCCAUAUUGCCCAAAUUCCUCCUAGACUUGUUAUUUCAUCUCAACCAAGUUUCCCUGACUGGCUGUCUUCUGCAGAUGUUUUUUAUUUACUUUAUGGCAGUCUGUGAGUCUAAUGUUAUGCUAUUAAUGUCCUUAGACAGAUACGUAGCAAUCUGUAGGCCACUGCGUUAUCAUAACAUCAUGACAAAGAGGCUCCUGGUCUCACUGACAUUCAUGUUACUGAUUCGGAGCUUUGUACUUGUUUGUCCAUUAGUCGUAUUUACCUCUAUGAUCCAGUUCUGCAAGUCAAACAUCAUCCUGAACUUUGCAUGUGAAAACAUGGCACUUCUCAGUCUUGCAUGUGGAGGCACCACCAGACCACAGAUUGCUGGGUUGAUUAUACGCAUUCUUGUUGCUGUGAUUGAUGUCAGUCUAAUCCUGAUCUCCUACACAAGCAUAAUCUACACGGUCAUGAAAACUGCCACUGGGAAAUCCCGUCACAAAGCUCUAAACACCUGUGGGACACACUUGCUGGUGGCAAUGGUGGUCUAUGCAUGCGGACUGGUCUCUUCCAUUGUGUACAGGAUGGAGACAACUCUUUCAACAGAUGUUAAGAAUCUAUUCACUGCAAUAUAUCUACUUAUGCCCGCUGUCUUAAACCCCUUUAUAUAUGGAUUAAGAGUAUCAGAGAUCAGAAAGAGACUUGUGGAAUACUGGAGAAAAAAAAUGAACAAACUCUUCUCAUAA